AUGGGUCAAAACAAUUCGUAUCCUCUCUUUGAAAGUAUUGCUCAAUCUGAGAGUGAUCAAAAUGGUGUUCUCGAUGUGGUUGUCUCUGCCUCCAAUUCUGCCAACUCACUCCAAGAUGAUAAUGUGAAAAAUUUGAAACGUGAAAAACGAGAACGUUUACUGCAACACAUUGGAUUUGUGUUUUACAUGUUACAAACUCAACCUCAUUAUUUAUCCAUGCUUGUGAAACAUGCUUUGGACAAAAUGAAUGGUGAAGAUGGAUCGUAUAAUGACGGAGAUGAAUUGGAAUAUAUCAAAUUGACUUAUAUGAUUUUUAAUCAUAUGAAAAGCAAUCGAUUGAAAUACAUGUAUUUAAGAUCGAUUAUUCAAUUAUUGUACAUGAUUCGAUUGAAAGGAAACAAAUCAUUGGAUAACUUAUUAAGUAUUUUAACAGUGGAGGAUCCUGUCACACAACGAAAUAAUUAUUUGGAUAAGGUUGUAGAAACGGUAUUGUCACAUUAUCAUGGUGUGGAUUUAUCGAUUGUGAAUUUAGAUAAAAUGAAACGAAGAAGUGCCACAGUGGUGUAUUAUGGAAAAGUUUCACAAUAUCAUCAAGAACAACAAGAAUUUGGUAAUUAUGGACAAGGACCAAUUCGAGGAACGACCUUACCUAAUUCACCACCAUCUCAAAAUUCUACCACACCACCAAAUAUAUCUUCUUCAAGUUCUGAACCAUUCACUUCACAACAAGAACUUGCAAUAACGACCCAUGCCUUGUUGAUGCAACAACAAGAACAACAAUCAACAGAUGUGAACCACCCACCACAAGAUUCAUCAUUAGAUCCUCAAUCCUUUCCCAAUGACCAUCAAGAACCAAAAGAUUUCAAUGACGAAGAAGAACACGAUGAAAUUUCACCUCCACCUUCUCGUCUCUCAGAUUCCUCAUCUUCCCUUCAACAAAUUACCACAGCCAUUGCCAUUCAAACUCGUCCCUCAAGCCACACCGUCAUUAUGAACAACUCUUCUGGAAGGACUCGUUCUGGAUCGACUUCUGUGGGCACACCUCCAACGUAUUCAGGCGGUACCUCCACUGUAAUGACACCAUUAUCUUCUUCUCCAACCAUUCAUGAAUUAGGAAAACAAAUGUUGGCCUCUUCUCCAUCCCCUCGACCUUAUUCCUAUUUGGGAUCUUCUCCGUAUGCUUCCUCUCCAAUGAAUGAUGAUCGAUUAGAAUUGAGAGUUCACACCACCAUGAUGUCUUCACCAGUGGGCUCUCAUGGAUUUUCUAGAACCAAUUCCAUGGAUAAUAACCACAUGGUCAAUCAUUUGAAUCGAUUAAGCAGUUCCUCUGCUGAUGACAUUCACCAACCCAUUCACACGAAUAGUUUCCUGUAUGAUUCUGCAGCAGGAUCCUCUGCAUCUACUUCCUCUUCGUUGAGUUUCAUGUCCAAUUCUGCUACAAGUCUUGAUGGUUCCUCUCCAACCAUUGUUACCACCAAGAAUUAUAAGAAUGGUGUUGGAGGAGGUGUUGGAGGAUUAUUAUUUUCUUCUUCUGCGACUGCCGCUACACCUACCAAUCAAACUCCUUCGCCGUCACCCUUGACACCAACGACUUCCACAACUCUGAAUAAUACCAAUUCGAAUAGUGCUUCAAGUUUUGAUGAAGGACGUGAUUAUCCUGCCACUCCUGAAUCUUCACUCAUGCCUUCAUUGGGAAUUUCGACUGGUUUGAAAAAGACCUUUUCGGAAUCGAUUAACAAAAUGAAACAAAAAGCCAAAAUGCAACAAGAUCUUAAAAAUUUUGAAGAAAUGUGUCAAGCAAGUGCCAAUUCCACGGGUGGUCUUGUCAUUGUCAAUUCUCCAACAAAUGGCAAGAAAACUCAACCAAAUUUAGAUCUUCCAAUGCGAAGUAGGGAAUAUACACUCGAAAAAAAGAUUCACAUUUGGGAAGGAAUUCUCGAUCGAAUACAUGACAAGUUGGUGGUACAUUUGAAUGAGGCACCUUUUGAACAUCAGUACAAGUUGGCAUACAUUCACUUCUUUUUAACACAAAUUUUCGAUUAUGCCUCAAAAGGUAAUGGAGGAGGUCAAAACAAUUCAAGCAAGAUCAGCUCCAUCGAACUUGCCAAUGCCUAUAUUGUGAGCUCAUAUUUGAGAAUUAACAAAAUUCGAAAGAAAUUACAACAAGUACUCAUUAACAAUAAUGUGAGAUCCAAAGAAAGUCAUAUUUGUCAAUUUUUGGAUAUCAUGUCAGGUCACGACUCGUGCCUACAAACCAAAGAGUAUAAGGGAGUUGCUGAAAAAGCAAGUCAAAUUAAGAAAACAAUUUUGAAUUGGAUUUUACAAAUCAACAUUACCAAACAAAAUAAGGGUCUUCAACAAACAUUUUUGGAAAAACAUUAUGGAAUACCCACAGACUCGGAUGUUUCACACAAAGUAGAUCCACCUCUCCGCAUCAAAAUUGGAGAUUUUUUGAAUUUGGCUAAAAUCAUGUUCUUCAAUUCGAGUCCAGAGGAUGAAAUGAAGAAAGUAUUGACCACCAUUCGACAAAAUUUGAAAUACAUCUUGUCAGCACCACCUCCUCCACAAUCCAACAACAAUGCAAGUGUUCAUUCUUCCUCUCAAUCUGGUUCUCAACAAGUUUCUUCAUCAGACGCUUCAGAUCAUCAUCACUCUACAAUGAUUCAGAGACAUCAUCAACAUCAGCAGCAGAUUCUCAUAAUGGUGAUGAUAAUGCCACUUCGCCCAACAAUAUUUCAUUUAGUAUUUAUUGUCCUGAUCGAAGAUAUCUCCCAAAUUCCAUCCAUCGAUUGA